CGGGACAACAUCGACGCGUUCACUUAUCGUAUCACAUCACGCUCGUCGCAGAACGCCGUUGCUGCAAAUAUAUCCCUUCCGACGUCGUAAUGUAACAGCUUUCGCCGAACUUGCUGUUACGUUAUCUUUCUAUCCAAAUGGACGAAAGCGCGCAGAACGUGAUGCGAAAGUAAAAGUGAGCGACACUCGCGCGCUUAUCCGAGCACAAUCGGUCAAUUAUGCGGUUGAAAAUCGACGGAAUUUUGUCCGCAAAAUUGUAAGUUAAGCCGAGUAACGCGUUCGACAUUCGAUCGUUUUGCAGCAGUACAACAACGCUCGCGGAUCAUCUUUCUGGUAAAGGCAAUCUAAUUUCGAAAGUUUAAUGUCUUCUGUAUGCCGAACAUCAAAAUAUCUUUCAAGACAUGUCGAGGAUAUUUCUCUGUGCUCUCUUUUCAUUAUCAGCCGCAAGCGUGUCUCGUCACGUUAUUAAUCGCAAUGCUACGUCAUCAGAAAAUAAGAUUGGAUACAAUGACAUAGUCUCUGCAACGAUAUCAAUUCUGUUCCUGUGUCGACCGGAGGACGCUGAACCGACUCUGCUAUUGGGCGGCGAGUACAACAAAUUUCUGAGACGAGCAUUCUUCAAUUUCAUACCGGUAACUCUGAUAGCGGAAUCGAGACCACAGUUUAACGCCCUCGCGCAGUUUACCCUGACGAGAUACUCCUUCAUAAUAUAUCAGAAUUACAUGCUUAUCCGCUAUAUUCGCAAGGCGCAUCGUUUCGUGAUGGUAGCAUCUUCCCAGCCCAUGUUGCGAUCCAUCUUGCAGAGAACGAAGGACUCGCCGUGGGCCAAUUCGUACGGAUUUUACAUUCUGAUCGACAGGCGAACCGAAUCUCGAGGCUGUAUAAACGCUCGUUCGUACCUCUGGACGGCAUGGGAAUACGAUUUGCUCUCCGUAAUAUUCUUAUGCAUCGAUCCAGAGGAUGGUAUCGUCUGUUAUACAUUCAAUCCGUAUUCUAACGAUACGCCGGCCAGCUGGCAGGAAGUUGGACGCGCCAAAGGACGAAACGGCCAUCCUUGGAUAAUAUUUAAACGAGUGUACAUACUGGGUAAGGAAAUGUGCACAGAUCUGGACUUUGAUAAGACUACCACUCUGAACGGCUACGAGAUUCGACUGAACGCCCUUCAGGUGGAACCGUACCUCAAUAUUAACUUGAAUGCAUCGGAUUUGGAAAAAUUUUCCGGUGACAAUAGCGAAAUCAUCAAGAUACUCUUGCUCAGGCUAGGAGCGUCUCUCAGCAUCGAGAUUUACAAUGGUACAAUCUACGAUCUCGGCACUAUAGGACCAAAUGGUACUUUGGAAGACAUGUUAGGCGCCGUAAGUGACGGCAGGGUAGACAUGGGCAUGAAUACGAGAUCCUUACUCGUAUUAUGGAAAGUCAGAUACACGUAUCCCCACAUGAGAUCGGGAUUCUGCGUAAUAACGCAAUCGAGCGAAGAAGUAUCCGAGUUCGUCAAGCUGGUGACUUUCAUGCCGUGGCUGGCGAUCGUGAUAAUAUUCUUGGUAUGCCUUCUCACUUAUGGGAUUCUCGCAAGGAAAGAGGGCUACGGUAAUGCUUGGGUACAGAUAAUAAGGCUCGUAGUGUGCACAGGAAUUCUGCAUCCACCCAAAAUCAAUUCCACGAGGAUCUUCAUAUGCAUGACACUGAUUCUGUUGCUGAAUGUGAACGCUAUGAUCCAAAGCCAUUUGUCGUCUCUACUCACCAUACCGGUCUUCUAUCGCAACAUCGACACCAUGGACGAUCUUAAGAAAUCUGGUUACACUGUCUACGGUCCGUCAAGCUGGCGACAAAUGAUUACCGAACCCGAGGUGAAGAAGCGUUACGUUUCGGCCUCGUACGACGCCUGCAAGGAACACGUCCAGAAUUCGACGACCGCGGCGUGCAUGGAGAACUGUCUGCAUGCGUACUACAGGAUUAAAGACGUCGAUUUGCACAGAUCGCGGAUGUUGCGCUCGGUAACGCAAUCGUACGUCACCCGUGAGGAUUGGCCGCUGUUCCAUCGCGUGAAUCUCAUCAUCCAACGAAUGUUGCAGAACGGCUUGAUCUACCGGUCGCGUAGCCUGACUUUCUUGAGUGUAGUAGGCGCGCACUACAGGAAAGAGAAGAAGAAGAAGACCUUCAAGGUGAUGUUGCUGAAGCAGCUGGCAUUCUGCUUCUGUUUCCUCGGAAUUGGAUAUACCUGUGCUACAAUAGUCUUCAUGGUGGAGCUUCUAAUCGGCAGAUCCGCUCCCAGAUCGCAAAAUCGGAGGGGAAUCGUAAAAUGCAAGAUGAAGAAGACAGAAGAAGCCAAGGCGAACAACAAAAGCCGGAUGAUUCUAGCUUGGAAAUAAGAAAUGGAGUUAACGUAGUAUUUAAUAGAUGUAUCUUACGUAGAUGAACAAAAUUUCUCUAUCGAGAAGGGAUAAAUGACAAUAAUGAAGAAGUUCGAAAACUA